AUGGCCCAAAACGAUUCGCCACUCUCGACGAACGGCCGGACUUUACGUCGAUGCUCACGGUCCGAACGCUCCCACAUUCACCGUCUGGCUACCAUUGUCGAUGAACACACCAACCAGUCUGGAAACAACAUCAGCCCGGCCGCUGUACCUUUGCUGAAGCGAUCCAAGUCCGAACGCGUAAUCCGCACCACCCAAGGCGUGAAGUUCGAAGACAAAGAUCGUAAAUACCAGACUCGACUGGAUAACCUAAAGGUGAUCGCCGCGGAUCCGUGCAGCUCGAAAAGCAACGCUCUGAUUGCUCAGAAGGCGCUCCGGUAUCGCAACAAGAUCAGGAACGUCGAUGCGCGUCCAUGAACUCGAAACACUGGUGUCCUAUUGGAUGCAUGAUAAAUGUGUAUAUCGUACAAUAAAACAACACGUUUUGAACCAUGCCGGGCAGU